AUCUUUUCAGAUAAUUCCAGUUAGCAGCGGACAAGAAAAAAGCUUUUAUUUUCAAUAAUUUUGUUUUUAUAAUUUUUAUUAUUUGAAGUUUUUGCUUGUGUCUUUGAGUGGCUUCCACCUGCACCACUUCCAAAUCAAACCUCAAAAUCAUCCACGCAUCGAUGCAACGGAUGACGUUUUCAUUUCCCCACUAAACCAAUCUUCUUCACAAUUCAUUAUAGUCUCUUUUUCACCUUCAAAUAUCAUGGAAUAACUUCUUUUAUGUUCUUUCUUCUUUCUUUCUUUCUUUCACUGGUCAUAGAUUAUCAGAAUUUGCCGUUUGUCGGAGUUUAGAGAUCAUGAAACCCACCAACCCUCUCUCUCUUUCUCGUUUUCUUUUAGAAGCGGAAAAUCUUUCUACCUUAAUGGAACUUCAGCUUUUUUCUUCUCCUUCUUCUAUUCUUCUUGAUUGUUAGAUAGUUUUAGUUCCCUUUCAGUGAUUGUCUGCCAAACCAUAGCCCAAAAAAGGAAAAAAAAGGUACCCUUUUUUGGAGAAAUUAAUUAUGCUUUAGAUUGUCAAACUUAAAAGACCAGGUGUUAUCUUGGGAAACAGGGUUCUUCUAUUCUCGGGAUGCUCAACACUUUCUGAGUAGCCAAACGAAAGAAGGCACAAAAAAAAAAAAAAAAUCACUCUUGGUCUAUCCUGAAUUUCCCAUCGCUGUUGUCAGGAUGAGAAUGGUUGCUAUUGGAUUUAUUGGGAACGGAUGUCAAUAAUUCAGCAUCCAAAUUCUGAUUUCCUAGAUACUAGAGAUCCUCAUUUGUAUUAAAUUACCAUUAUGCCUCUCAACAAUUCCAUAAUGGCCAAACAGCCAUUUCUCUCCACCCAAUUCCUUGCCCUUUUCUCAAUCUUGUUUUCUACUCUUUUCCCGCCUUAUGUGUCUCUUACCGUUGAAACCCAAGCUCUUAUUGACUUCAAAAACAAGCUCAAAGACCCUUUGAAUAUUUUAGAUUCCUGGAAAGAAUCAGAGUCUCCAUGUAAAUUCUUUGGAGUUAGUUGUGAUCUGGUUUCAGGCAAGGUCACGGGGAUUUCACUUGCUAACAAAUCCCUGUAUGGCGAAAUUUCCCCUUCAAUUUCAGUGCUUGACGGUCUUACCACCUUUUAUUUGCCUGAAAAUCUCAUUUCUGGGAGACUUCCUGCCCUCCUAAACCAUUGUACCAACCUCAGGGUUUUGAACCUCUCCAGGAAUGAAAUGGUUGGAAUCAUACCGGACCUUUCUGGGCUUAAAAACUUGGGGUCUCUUGAUUUGUCAUUUAACUUCUUUUCAGGCAGGUUUCCAAGUUGGGUAGGAAACUUAACCGGGCUGGUUCGUCUUGGUUUGGCCGGCAACCAUCACGAAGAGGGUGAAAUUCCAGAAAGUAUUGGGAAUUUGAAGAACUUGAGUUGGCUAUUUCUAGCUAAUGCCAAUCUGAGAGGACAGAUUCCAGAGUCUAUUUUUGAGCUGAAGGCCUUAGGGACAUUGGAUAUUUCUCGGAACUUGAUUUCUGGGGAUUUCCCGCGGUCGAUUUCCAAAUUGCAAAAUCUUACCAAGAUUGAGCUGUUUUUCAACAAGUUGACUGGUGAGUUACCACUAGGGAUAACAGAUCUUUCUCUCUUGCAGCAUAUUGAUAUCUCCUCGAAUCAGAUGCAUGGGACAUUGCCAGAGGAGAUUGGAAAUCUUAAGAAUUUGGAGGUCUUUCAAUGCUACAAUAACAACUUUUCUGGAGAGAUCCCUGCAGGAUUUGGAGAUAUGCGUUUUCUUAUAGGGUUCUCAGUCUAUAGAAACAAUUUUUCUGGGGAAUUUCCUGCAAAUUUUGGCCGAUUCUCACCAUUGGACAGUAUUGACAUAUCGGAGAAUCAAUUUUCAGGUGACUUUCCCAGGUUCUUGUGUGAAAGAAGAAAACUAAGGUUGUUACUGGCUCUUGAGAACCACUUUUCAGGAGAGUUUCCGGAUUCGUAUGUUGACUGCAAAUCACUGGAGAGGUUUAGGAUCAGUAAGAACCAUCUUUCUGGGAAUAUUCCAGAUGGACUUUGGGCACUUCCUCAUGUGAAAAUGAUUGACUUUGGUGAUAAUGACUUUACUGGAGGGAUAUCCCCCAGCAUUGGAUUUUCCAUCAACUUAAAUCAAUUGGAUUUGCAGAACAAUAGAUUUUCAAGUAACCUUCCAUCAGAACUUGGUAAGUUGACAAACUUAGAGAGGCUUCUUUUAAAUGAUAAUAACUUUUCUGGCAAUCUACCUGCUGAGAUUGGUGCUCUGAAGCUGUUAUCCUCCUUGCAUCUUGAGCAAAACUCACUAGCUGGAUUUAUACCACUGGAACUAGGUGAUUGUGUUAGAUUGGUAGACUUGAAUCUUGCUAAUAAUGAUUUGAGUGGCAAUAUCCCAUCAACAGUUUCACUCAUGAGCUCUUUGAACUCUUUGAAUCUUUCGGGAAACAAACUUACUGGUUCAAUUCCAAAGAAUCUAGAAAAGUUGAAGCUAAGUUCCAUUGAUUUGUCUGAGAACCAAUUAUCCGGAAAUGUUCCUUCUGAUCUUUUGACCAUGGGUGGAGAUAAAGCAUUCCUUGGGAAUAGGAGGCUCUGUAUUGACCAAAAUUCUAAAACCCGUAUGAAUGAUACUGUGUUGAAUGUGUGCAAGGAAGAGCAGGGUCAGAAAAGGGUGCUUGGAGGUAAAUUGAUUUUCUUCAUCAUCAUUGCAGUUGCUUUGCUUCUUUUUCUAGCUGGGCUACUGCUUGUGAGUUGCAAGAACUUCAAGCUUAGUGAAGCUGACAUGGGAAACAGUUUGGAAGGCGAGAAGGGAGUAGAUCCAAAAUGGAAACUUGCAUCUUUUCACCACAUGGAUAUUGAUGCAGAUGAAAUAUGUAAUCUGGAGGAAGAGAAUCUGAUUGGAAGUGGCAGUACUGGGAAAGUUUAUCGACUGGAUUUGAAGAAAAAGGGUAGUGUGGUUGCCGUAAAGCAACUAUGGAAAGGGGAUGGUCUGAAGGUUUUGGCAGCAGAGAUGGACAUUUUGGGGAAAAUCAGGCACAAAAAUAUACUGAAGCUCUAUGCUUGUCUAAUGAAAGGAGGAUCCAGCUAUUUGGUCUUUGAGUACAUGGCAAAUGGUAAUGUGUUCCAAGCACUUCGCAGAGAGAAAAAAGGUGGGCAGCCAGAAUUGGACUGGUACCAGAGAUAUAAAAUUGCCUUAGGAGCUGCACAGGGAAUUUCUUAUCUGCAUCAUGAUUGUUCCCCCUCUAUCAUUCAUAGGGAUAUAAAAUCAGGAAACAUUUUACUUGAUGAGGAUUAUGAGCCAAAAAUUGCUGAUUUUGGGUUCGCAAAGAUUGCAGAAAAGUCUCUGAAGGGAUCUGAGUACAGCUAUUUUGCUGGCACCCACGGUUAUAUUGCUCCUGAGCUGGCAUAUACUGUAAAAGUCACUAAGAAGAGUGAUGUGUAUAGUUUUGGGGUGGUGCUACUAGAAUUGGUCACUGGUAGAGGAUCUAUCGAAGAGGAGUAUGGAGAAGGGAAAGAUAUUGUUUAUUGGGUUUUAACUCAUCUCAAUGACCGCCAAAAUGUCCUCAAGGUUCUUGACAAGGAAGUAGCCUUUGAAACUGUCCGAGACAACAUGAUUAAGGUCUUGAAGGUUGGCAUCCUCUGCACAGCUAAACUUCCGAAUUUGCGGCCUACGAUGAGAGAAGUGGUCAAGAUGCUUGUGGAUGCUGAACCUUGCAGUUCCAUGUCUCCAGAUAACCAAUCUCAUGACAAAAUUGGCAACUAGUUAGUUUCUCUGUUUGUACAACAUAUCUAUCAAGGGUUCAAACUCUCUGAUGGCCAAAAUUUGAUAAAUAUAUAAAACUCUUGUUUUUAGAAUUAAUCAGGCUGUAGGUGUUCAAGCAGUUAAAGCUUUGCCACCGUAGAUGGGGUUUCAAGAAAUCAUUUUGUUGGAAUCUGACUGAAAGGUUAUAAUGCUUUUGUGCCUAAAAUCAUUCAUAUUUUUGGAUUUUGAUUCAUGACUAUAUAUAUAUAC